AUGACGGCCAUCUUCCAGUGCCAUCCCAUUUCCAAGACGUGGGAAAGUACCAUCCCUGGGUACUGUAUUAAUAUCGACGUCUUCUACCUGGCCAUCACCGGGUUUUCGAUCCUUACGGACGUUGUCACCUACACCCUGCCGCUGCCGGUCAUCUGCCGGCUGCAUGUGCCAAUGAAACAAAAGGUGGCCUUGACGUUUAUCCUCUGCAUGGGUUUGCUGGCGUGUGUCUCCGCUAUUAUUCGUAUUUCCGUCCUCCCUAGUAUGCUUCACUCCCACGAUACGAUGUAUUUCACUGCCGCCCCGGCCUACUGGUCGAUUAUCGAGAUGAACGUGGGCAUCUUCGCAGCCUCUAUCCCGUCCUUCAAGGCCAUUGCGUCCCGUUUCCUACCCCGACUGAUUGGAGAAAACUCGCCGGCGAAGAAAAGCCCGUCAAAGGAGAGUAGGAAGUCGUCGGGGAGUUUGAGAGCCGGUGACUACUUGCUACGUUUCCCAAGCGCUCCAGAAACACAGCAUUCCGAGAUCGCCACGGUCAUGAGUGCGGCGAUCCAUGAACACUAUGGCAGUCAGGAGGGUAUUGUCAUCCCCGAGGGACGGAUUUAUACGCUCACGGAGAUCGAAAUGAGCGUUGAGAACAGUCCUGCGUUAAACCAUGUUCCAUCCGCGCAUGAGCAGCCAUGCUAA